GACGCCAUCACCCCGGCACCUGCCAACAUGGAAGGUGGUGACGGCGGCGUCGCUGUGGCUGGCCAAGGCGUUCAGGGCUCUGGGGCGGCGGCAGCGACAGUCCGGGAGCUUCUGCAGGACGAGUGUUAUAGUGAUUUUUUAAAUGAAGACUUUGAUGUAAAGACUUACACUUCCCAGUCUAUUCAUCAAGCUGUAAUUGCUGAACAACUAGCAAAACUUGCUCAAGGAAUCAGUCAGUUGGAUAAAGAACUACACCUACAGGUUGUUGCAAGACAUGAAGAUUUACUGGCACAAGCAACUGGAAUUGAGACUUUGGAAGGUGUUCUUCAGAUGAUGCAGACAAGAAUUGCAGCUUUACAGGGAGCCGUUGACAGGAUGAAAGCAAAAAUUGUGGAGCCGUACAAUAAAAUAGUAGCCCGGACUGCACAACUCGCAAGGCUUCAGGUUGCCUGUGAUUUGCUUCGGAGGAUAGUUCGCAUCUUGUAUCUCUCUCAGAGACUCCAAGGACAACUGCAAGGAGGAAGCAGAGAGAUAACAAAAGCUGCUCAGAGUCUUAAUGAACUUGAUUACCUUUCUCAAGGUAUUGAUCUUUCUGGAAUUGAAGUAAUAGAAAAUGAUCUACUUUUUAUUGCAAGAGCUCGACUUGAAGUGGAAAAUCAAGCUAAGCGCCUACUGGAACAGGGUGUGGAAACUCAGAAUCCAACUCAAGUUGGAACAGCUCUUCAGGUCUUCCAUAAUCUUGGAAUUUUGAAGGAUACUAUUACCAGCAUUGUGGAUGGGUAUUGUGCUGCUUUAGAAGAACAUAUCAACAGUGCAUUAGACAUCAGAGUUCUGACUCAGCCUUCGCAGUCAGCUGUGAGAGGGGGACCAGGACGCUCAACUAUGCCAGUCCCAGGGAACACCGCUGCUUUUCGUGCUUCCCUCUGGACCAACAUGGAGAAACUUGUGGAUCAUAUUUGUACUGCUUGUGGACAGGUGCAGCAUCUACAAAAAAUAUUAGCCAAGAAGAGAGAUCCUGUUUCUCAUAUUUGUUUCAUUGAAGAAAUAGUUAAGGAUGGAGAAUCUGAAAUUUUGUACACUUUUUGGAAUUCAGUUACUCAAGCGCUUUCUUCUCAGUUUCGCAUGGCAACUGAUUCAUCUGUGUUUUUGAAACAGGCAUUUGAAGGAGAAUACCCUAAAUUGUUACGUCUUUAUAAUGACUUAUGGAAGCGUCUUCAACAAUACAGCCAAAAUAUUCAAGGAAAGUUUAAUGCAAGUGGAACUACAGAGAUCUCUGCUGAACUACAACACGUGGGAGAUGAGGCACAAGACCUGUUCACAGCAAAAAGGCCAAAUUAUGACCCAGAAAAGGCUUUGAAAGAUUCACUGCAACCUUAUGAAGCUGCUUACUUAUCAAAAUCUUUAUCUCGACUCUUUGAUCCUAUCAACUUGGUUUUCCCCCCUGGUGGUCGCAAUCCUCCUCCUGCAGGUGAACUUGAAGGUGUCAUUAAAACUAUAGCAAGUGAACUAAAUGUCGCUGCUGUAGACGCAGACCUCACAAUAGCCGUGUCUAAAAACGUGGCAAAGACCAUCCAGUUAUAUGGUGUAAAAUCGGAGCAGCUUCUGUCCACACAAGGAGAUGCAAGUCAGGUGAUUGGGCCUCUUACAGAAGGGCAGAGAAGAAAUGUGGCAGUAGUGAAUUCACUGUAUAAGUUACACCAAUCAGUAACAAAGGUGGUUUCCAGUCAGAGCUCAUUCCCACCAGCAGCCGAGCAAACUAUAACCUCAGCCCUAAAGACAAUCCAUGUUCUUAUGGGAAGUGCUUUGCACCCCCUACUGACUUCCGUGGGAGAUGCUAUAGAGGCCAUAAUCAUCACCAUGCAUCAAGAAGAUUUUUCUGGGUCAUUAUCCAGCUCAGGAAAGCCUGACGUUCCUUGUUCUCUGUACAUGAAGGAGCUUCAGGGUUUCAUUGCCAGAGUUAUGAGUGACUACUUUAACCACUUUGAAUGCUUGGAUUUUGUCUUUGACAAUACUGAAGCUAUUGCCCAAAGAGCAAUUGAACUUUUUAUUCGCAAUGCCAGUCUCAUAAGACCUCUGGGCGAAGGUGGGAAGGUCCGACUUGCUGCUGAUUUUGCUCAGAUGGAGCUGGCCGUGAGUCCGUUCUGCAGAAGAGUGUCUGAUUUAGGAAAGUCCUAUCGGAUGCUGAGGUCAUUCAGACCCCUGAUCUUCCAGAAGAAUGAACAUGUGGCCACUAGCCCUGCACUGGGGGACGUUAUUCCGUUCAGCAUCAUUAUUCAGUUCUUGUUCACCAGAGCACCCCCUGAGCUGAAAUCCCCUUUUCAGAGGGCAGAGUGGUCCCACGCACGCUUCUCCCAGUGGCUGGACGACCAUCCAUGUGAAAAGGACAGGCUCCUCCUCAUCAGGGGAGCUUUGGAAGCCUAUGUUCAGUCAGUAAGAAGCAGAGAAGGCAAAGAAUUUGCUCCAGUUUAUCCCAUAAUGGUCCAACUGCUUCAAAAAGCUAUGUCUGCUCUUCAUGAAUAACGUGAAGUAUUUCUUACUCGCCAUGGUGCACUGAGCUGAUUCCAGGUCGGCAGUUAACCUAAGUACAUGCUCUAAAGAACAGCUCCCGUCCACAGUGUGAAGAACGUAAUUGAGCGCUCCGUAUUUCCUACUGAUCUUAUGUUUAUCUCUUUACCCUUUAGCCCUCUACCUUAAGUAGCAAAAUGCCAAAAUAGAUUCCUCACCACCACCUUCGAACUCCAGGAGCUUGAUUUUUCCAGAAAGACAUCAAUUUUUUAUUUUCUUCCCUCCUUCCAGGCUUUUUCUAUGAGACCAGCUAAAAUUUCUUUGCUUUUACCGAAGAUUCUCCCCAAUGUACACACACAGCCUAAGUCCCCACUGCUUUUAAGGGAUCGGGUCAAGUUGUAAGAUGCACCCUGUUGCUCUCCACUGACCUCCGUCCUCGCUAGAUUGACGUGUAACCGUAGAAUCACCAGUAGGAAACUUUAGAAAAUGCUGAUGCCCGAUUUGUACCCCAGUUUAACACAUCUGAGUGCAGGAGCCAGGCAUUCAUAUUUGUUAAAAACAUCCCCAGUGGUUUCCAAGAUGCAGUGCAGUCUGGGAACCACAGGCAACCCCAAAGUGAAAACGUUGGGUUAACUGUUUAAGUAUGUCCUACUGUAUCUUAAUAAAGACAGAGCCACAUGGUCUUUA